AUGCCAGUAACUAGGCCAUUUGAUAAACCUUCAGCUGUUAUUAAAUUUUUUAUAUUUCAGUGCAACCCUUCUGCAGGGGCACCCUACAGCUUGAAAAUGGAGAUUUCCAAUUGUAUCAUUAGACCACUGUGCUCUGCAGAGGAUGUAGUCAAGAAGCUCCCUCAUGGGACCCAUGUGUUAUUGACUACUGUUGAGACGGGGACCUGGACUGAGGCAAUGGGCCCUGUUCAGGUCAGGAGCAAGCUGUCCCUCCUGUGGUCAACUUCACAUUCCCUUGCUGUUCCCAGAAGCUCUGCAAAUGUUCCUCCUGGCGCUCGCCACUCCCAGGGCCGCUCUGCAACCCAAUCUGAGCCCAGGAAGCUCUGCUUCCUCAGUCCAUGUCUUACUGAGGCCAUCACUACACACGAUCCUGCCGUUGUUGUGGUGAAUCCUGUCAGCCAGUGGUUAUCAGAAGGUGACACUUGGGCAUCUCCAAAUCUGGGUUUCAAAGUCCAAAUGGCUUCUGAAGGAUCUCUUUGUCUGGUGAUAGAUUUUGGGGACAGCUCAGGAGUCCAAAUGAAGACCCGAAAUACGUCUGAGGAUAUCACAGUCACAGCCUAUCACCACUACAGGAAAGAAGGUGUCUAUAUGCUCAAGGCAGUUAUUUAUGAUGAGUUUUGUGGAACUGAAGUGGAACUUGGACCUUAUUACAUGGAGAUUGGUCAUGAGGUUGUGUCUGUGUUCAUGAAUUCCAGCAGUGUGCAUGAUGGUGAAGUUCUUACCUUUGCUGGCUCCCACACAGAUCAGAAAAGCACUGUUGUCAUGCAUCAUUUUCCAUCCACUUCCUCAUAUAAUGUGUCCUUCACUUCUCAAAACAAAGCGGGUGACAGCCAAGCCUGGCCCAGCGUGACUGUUUGGUAUAAGAUGCAGCCUGUUUCUGUCUACACAAAUGGAACUGUGUUUGCCACAGAUGCAGACAUCACUUUUGUAGCUGUUACCAAGGAAAUGAGACCCUUGGAGUUUGAGUGGCAUUUUGGAGAAGACCCACCAGUGAGGACAACUUCAAGAAGCAUAGAAAAGAGACUCCACAUCCCACAGCGGUACCAGGUGGUGGUCAAGGCUUCCAAUGGGAUCACUAGUGUGGUCUCUGAGCCCCACCCCAUCAACAUCCAGAAGAAAAUUGUUGCCAAUCGCCUCUUAUCCACCUCCUCUGCUCUGGUAAAUGCCAGUGUGACCUUUGAGUGCAGGAUUAACUUCGGCACGGAUGUUGCUUACCUGUGGAACUUUGGGGAUGGUACUGUCGGUCUGGGAAACAGCACCAACACCCAUGUCUACAGCAGGGAAGGAGAAUUUACAGUGGAGGUCCUCGCCUUUAACAAGGUCAGCUCUGCCUCACUAACAGAGCAGCUUUUCAUCGUGGGCACAUCCUGCCAGCCUCCGCCAGUGAAGAACAUGGGGCCUGGGAAGGUCCAGGUAUGGCGGUCUCAGCCAGUGAGACUGGGAGUGACCUUUGAAGCUGCCAUUCUCUGUGACAUUUUCCAAGGCCUUUCUUACACCUGGAGCUUUAUGAAGUCUAAUGGCUCCCAUGUGUCCCUUCCCCCUGCUGUUGACAUCCACAGACAAACCGUUACUGUCCCAAGCUACUUUCUGGAGUACGGAAACUAUACUGCAGUUGCUAAGGUUCAAGUCAAAGGCAGCAUGGUGCACAGCAACUACUCAGUGGGGGUGGAUGUUCGAGCCAGGACCCCCGUCAGUGUGGUCUCAGAGGGCACACACCUCUUCAUCACCAAGGCUCCCUCCUCCACCAUCGUCCUCAGUGGGUCCCAGUCCUAUGACCCCGACAGCCCGGGUACACCUCUCAGGUACCACUGGAGGUGCGCUCCCGCUGGGGCGCCUGCACACCCAUGCUUCCACACUCCCACGCCCAGUGGACUGGACUCCACGGCGCCGGUCAUCUCCUUUGCAGCAACAGAUCUCAGUGACGGCUAUGACCAGUUCCUGGUGACCCUGAAGGUGUCCAGCGGCAGCCGGACCUCCUCCGAAGCUCAGGUGUUCCUGUCCCUCCGCUCCAAGCCAGCACUCAGAUUCAUCCAUAUUUCCUGGGUCAACUUUAAAAACAGCUUUGUUAACUGGAAUGAAGAACUUUCUCUUCAAGCUGUGUGUGAAGACUGUGGUGAUAUACAAGAUCUUUCUUAUUCCUGGGACCUCUUUUUAGUCAACGCAACAGAACAGUAUAGUAUAGAAGAUUUUGAAGCUUACUAUGAUGAUAUACAAGAAGCAAUACCCUCAAAAGGAAGACAACCAGGGAACAGUGUGAACUUUCCCGGAUCAGAACCAAGUGGAAGUGAUGACAAAAGCCCCAGUGAAGGGGAUAACCUGGUCGGUCCAUUCCACUCCAUGGGCAGUGCCGUGCCCUCACUGAUGAUUGACUGGCCCAAGUCCCUGAUUAGACGGGCUAUUUUCCAAGGUUAUACCUCAUCAGGUAUCAUGGAACAAACUGUGACAGUAAAGCCAUUUUCACUGAGAAGGGGAGAGACAUAUGUCAUACAAGCUUCUGUGGCUUCGAAACACACCUUGCUAGGUAAAGCUCAGCUGUACUUGACAGUCAACAAAGGCCCCCAGGACGUAGCCUGUCAGGUACAGCCCCAUCAUGGCCACGAGGCGCACACCAUCUUCAGUGUUUUCUGCAUGUCAGGAAAACCGGACUUUCACUAUGAAUUUAGCUACCAGAUAGGAAAUGCCUCCAAACGUACUUUGUACCGUGGAAGAGAUACCCAGUAUUAUUUUGCUUUGCCAGCUGGUGAGCCAUUGGACAGUUAUAGAGUCAUGGUUUUCACUGAGAUCACAGAUGGCGAAGGCUCCAAGUUACAGCCCUGUGCUGUGGUAGUGACCGUGCUGCCCCGUUACCGUGGGAACAUAGCCUCUGCAAAUUACUGCCUGGGCGAGGAUCUAUACAAUUCCAGCCUGCAAAACCUAUCCACCCUCCUGCUGAUGGGAAGUUACAUGGAAAUCAGGAACUAUAUCACCAUGAUCACCAGGAUCCUGAGUUGUUUGGCUAAGGAGGACAGAGGCUCUUCCUGUGGCCAGUGGUCACGAAUACAGGAUGCAUUAAUUUCUUCAGUUUGCAAAUUAGAAUUUGCAGAUCAGGAAGAAAUCAUUGAUUCUGUUCUUAUGCUUAGUGACCUCCUAAGCUUCCCUAAUAAGUUAACCUUCAGGAGCGCAGUUCUUAUCCUCAAAUACACACGGAUGCUCCUUGCUCAAAGCCGGCUGUCUGGAAGGUUUGUGAUUGACAGACGACUCAUGUCGAACCUUAUCUUCCUCAUAUCUGGAGUCUUGGAAGUAUCUGACCAAGAAAAAUCAAGUAAUGUGGACUAUCUACAAGAAGAAGGAAUUAAAGUCAUCUCAGACUUAUUGUUAAGCUCUCUCUCUGUGAGCAGCGAGCUUCAGCUCCACAUUGGCACUGGACAGAUGGAAUUCCGGGUCUGCCUUCAUUACAGUCUUCAGAACACUGUCCAGAGUAUUGGCUCUGUCCAGGUUCACUUACCCAGUGACCUAGCUGAGCAGAGUCUUGAUGGGACAGACAUUCAGAACCCAUGCUAUAUCAGUCAACUCAUACUCUUCAAAAAUAAUCCAUAUCCAAGGGGACGAGCUCCUGGUCAGGUUGGUGGAGCUGUGGGUCUCAGCCUCUACGACUGCUCCAGCAGACAGCCCAUCAGCAGACACUGGCUACAGACGCCCGUGACCGUGGAGUUCGGGGAGGAAGACGACCUUAAUAACAGAAGAAAUAAUACAACAUUUCUAUUGCCUCGGGAUGAAAUGAAUUUUCAUCAGUUCAUCGGACUUCCUGAAAACUCCCAGGAAUCUCUACAGAUAAGAAUCAAAUUUUCUAAGACCAUCACAAGAGCUUUUCCCAUAAUGCUGCUAGUAAGAUUCUCCAAGAAACCAACUCCCUCUGAUUUUCUGGUGAAACAGGUCUACUUAUGGGAUGAGCAAAUUGUACAGAUUUACAUACCUGCUUUUUCACUCGAAGAUACCAGCUCGGGUUACUUGGCCUUAUUAGAUGCUGACUAUGACAGAACACCUCCAAACAAAUAUUUAGCUAAAGCGGUGAACUACACCGUAGAUUUCCGGUGGAUCCAGUGUCUGUUUUGGGAUAAGAGGGAGUGGAAAUCUAGCACCUUCCCUCCACAACCAGGAACUUUUCCAGAAAAGGUUAACUGCAGCUAUGAUCGCCUCACAGCAUUCAGUCUUGUGAGAAGAAAGCUGAACACCAGUUUUGAAAUGAGCGACAUUUCUAAGUUACAGAGUCACCCAGAAAACCUGAUUCCCAGUAUUUUCAUUGUGCUUUUUAUGAUUUUUUACGCAUUUUUGGUUACUAAAAGCAAACAUGUAGAUCAUCAUGAAAAAAAGAAAACUGGUUACAUUUUUCUGCAAGAAAGCCCCUCACCAGACCAACAGCUGUAUGCAGUGGUUAUUGACACAGGCUUUCGUGCUCCAGCCCAGCUGACCGCAAAGGUUUACAUUGUUUUAUACGGUGAAAAUGGACUUUCAGGAACCAAAGAGCUUUACUGUCCAGAGAAGCCCCUGUUUGAAAGGAAUUCCAGGCACACCUUUAUACUGAGCGUUCCUGGUCAUCUUGGUCCUCUUUGGAAGAUCCGCCUCUGGCACAACAACUGUGGUCCUUCUCCAGACUGGCACAUCAGCCAUGUGCUGGUGAAGGAGCUGCGCACUGGGCAAAGCUGGUUCUUCUCCGCGGAGUGCUGGCUUGCUGCAGGCCGAGGGGAUGGAAGGGUGGAGCGGGAGCUCAUCCCUCUGCACCGAGGCCUCGGCUUCCAGAAGCUUCUAUACGCCAAGUUUACAGAGUACCUGGAGGAUGUCCAUGUCUGGAUCUCAGUGUACAGCCGGCCCUCAUACAGCAGCUACCUGCACACACAGCGGCUCACGGUCUGCUUCUCCUUGCUGUGCACCUACUCCUGUCUCACCGCCGCGCUCACUGCUGCACAGCAUGAGCAGCUCUCUUUGGACAUCGGCCUCACCCACGUCACCCCUGGCUCCUUCAGGACAGGCCUCCUGUGCAGUCUUCUGGCUUCUCCCGGGGCACUGCUCUUGUCGCUGCUCUUCCGGCUCAGCCAGGACACCACAGGACCAUCCAGAGAGGAGCCUGGCUGCAGGCUGAGGGCCGUGCUAGGGAAGGGGACUCAGGCACCCAGUAGAGGGCUUGCAGGCCUCGCUCCCCAAGGACAGAGGGUGCUUCCACCUUGGUCAGGCUCUGCAGUCUGGGCCCUGUGCACAAUGGUGUCCAUAGCGUGUGGUUUGGGAACAGGAGUUCUAGGAUACAGGUUUGGCCCGACCCAGUGUGUGCGGUGGCUGCAUCUGCUGUUUCUCUCCGUGGUGAGCUGCGCUUUUGUCACCCAGCCACUGAUGAUAUGUUUGAUGGCAUUGAAUUUUGCUUGGAAGAGAAAAGAUGACAAAGCCUUUUUUACUGAGUCUCUGUGUGAUGCUACCAAGGAUUUAGAAUUUGAAUUGGAGCAACUUUCCCAGACCCGUGUCCCCCUUUCUUCAAGCUGUGGCAUUCCUGACUGUGCCAGUGAAUUUGAAAAAAUAUUGGCCGCCCGGCAGCGAGCACGCCGUCUGCGCUGGGCUCGUCCGCCAUCCAUGGCCCAGCUCAAAGCAACAAAGGAGAGGAUGAGGAAAGAGAUUCGUGCACGAGCAACUCUGAGAGACUUUUUCAUGUACCUCCUCAUGCUGCUUCUGCUUAUGUUUAUAACAUAUGGGAAAUUCUCCCACGAUGAAUAUGCUCUCAAUCAAGCUAUUCGGAAUGAAUUUACAAGAAAUGCUGAGAACUCCUUUGGGGGCCUGAGAAGCACCGACGCCUGGUGGGAGUGGAGUCUGACCAGGCUUCUGGAUGGCCUGUAUGGGGCUGACAUGCAGGGGGCCCAGUCUGGAGCUCUUGGAGGAAAAUGCUAUCUAAUUGGCAUCUCAAUAAUUAAACAGCUAAAUACUUCUCUGAAUAGUUUAUGCAAGCUUCCCAGCCCAUUUGCAUCUCUUAUCAAAGACUCUCUUCCUGCCUGUAGCCCCGGUGUCAGAGGGCCUGUAAACCACCACAUGAUAGACCCAAAGAACCAAAAAGUGACCUCGGGUCAUCCCGAGGGCUGCAGGGCGAGAGAGAACUGUGCGCUCCGCCUGGGCAGGACAAGGCCUGAAGCCCACACAACCCUGACCCACCUCAGGGCCAACCGAUGGAUCGGCCGAGACACCAGGGCCGUCUCUGUGCACUUUGUCCUCUACAACCCUCCAACCCGGCUCCUCACCAGCGUGUCCCUGAGGGCGGAGGUGACCCCCACAGGGCAUCUCCUUCCCUCCUCACAGGUGGAGUCGGCCAGUGUCUUCCUCAGGGACUUGGCCCUGAGAUACCCCCUCAUGGUUACAGAGCUGGUCUUUCUGGUACUCAACCUGGUUCAUCUCUGUUUUCAACUCUACAUUAUGAUUGAGGAAGGCAUCCUCAGCUAUUGGCGAAAACCAAGCAACUGGCUGGAGCUCUCUGUGGUUGGACUGAGCCUUGCCUACUACGCAGCCUCCAGCCAUCUUGUUAUUCUUGCUGGGGAUGUUAUCGACCAGUUUCAUAAGGGAUUUGUUCAAGAAUUUAUGGACCUCAGUCUUAUCACAUCGUGGAAUCAGAGGGCACGGUGGCUCCAAGGAAUCCUCUUACUCCUCUUGAUAUUAAAAAGCAUCUAUCUUCUCUGCACUCCAAAGACAAUGUCCUCCUGCUCCUUCAUGCUUCGCCGCUCCCUGUCCAGCACCAUCACGCUAGGGCUGGCCGGGGUCCUGAUGGUGGCCAUCCACUCACACCUGCACAGAUUCCUGCUCUCCUCCCAGGCUCUGCCACUGAGCACCUUUGCAGAUUCCUCCCACAUGCUGCCGUUUCCUUUUCUGGGAAGGAGCAGAAGAGAAGCAUUCUCAGGCCUCUCCAAGUCUAACCAGCGGGCUGUGGCUUGCUACCAUGGAGCCAUUUUUACCGUAAUGACCAUUUUGUGGCUGGUAAUGCUGAGAGGUUCCUUCAUGACUUUUGCCAGGAAAAGAAAAUCUUUUCCAAGUAAACAUCUUGUGAGACUUAAAGAUGUCACUGCUCACACAUGGGGGAAGGCCCUCACCUUUCUAGGACUGGAAAGGCCAAGGUUGGAAGAGACUCAGAUGGUUGAGAAUCAUACUUACUACCUGGAUGAAUUUGCAGAACUGUUAGAUGAACUGCUGUUGAAGAUUAAUAGUUUGUCCGACAGCCUACAUCUGCCUCUUCUAGAAAAACAAUCCAACAGCACAGUGGACGCAAAGGCAGAAGACAGUCCCUUAGUGGGUGUUUCUGGCUACCAAGCUACUGGGCCUCUCAACUAUGCCAAUUUGGACCAGGAGAAGAGCUCCUGGCCAGCGGGCUGCUUUUUAUUUGUUCUGCCCUGGGACGCCUUUGUCCAAGCUCUUGUUGUCGCCAGUCCCCGUGACUCACUCACUUUGCAGGAGUUAGGCUAG